AUGGAAGAAGAUGGAAAUUUGCAGAUUGGUAAUAGUAAUUACAAUGGAGAAGAAGAAGGAGAUCCAGAGAGUAACACUAUGAAUCAACCUCUUCUUAAGAGACAUAGAACUCUUUCUUCAACUCCUCUUGCUUUGGUUGGUACCAAAGUUUCACACAUCGAGAGCUUAGAUUAUGAAAUAAACGAGAAUGAUCUGUUCAAGCAUGACUGGAGAAGCAGAUCAAAGGCACAAGUUUUUCAAUACAUAUUUGCAAAAUGGACAUUAGCUUGUCUUGUUGGUCUCUUAACUGGUCUCAUUGCUACUCUCAUCAACCUCGCCGUCGAAAAUAUCGCCGGUUACAAACUUCUCGCUGUCGGCUACUACAUCGGUCAAGAUAGGUUUAUGACAGGUUUGAUGGUCUUUACCGGGGCGAAUUUGGGUCUGACUUUGGUGGCGACAGUACUUGUUGUUUACUUUGCUCCUACGGCGGCUGGUCCCGGGAUUCCCGAGAUUAAAGCUUAUCUUAAUGGCAUCGUUGGAAGUAUUGGAGCUGUUGCAGCUGGACUUGAUCUUGGUAAAGAAGGCCCUUUGGUUCACAUUGGAAGUUGCAUAGCUUCUUUGCUUGGUCAAGGUGGUCCAGAUAACCAUAGAAUCAAAUGGAGAUGGCUUCGUUACUUUAACAACGAUAGAGAUCGAAGAGAUCUUAUUACAUGUGGAUCUGCCUCUGGAGUAUGUGCAGCUUUCAGAUCACCAGUAGGAGGAGUGCUUUUCGCUCUUGAGGAAGUCGCUACAUGGUGGAGAAGUGCUCUCUUGUGGAGGACUUUCUUCAGUACAGCUGUUGUUGUGGUUGUAUUGAGAGCGUUCAUUGAGAUUUGCAAUUCGGGGAAAUGUGGACUUUUCGGUAAAGGAGGACUCAUAAUGUUUGAUGUGAGUCAUGUAGAAGUUAGGUACCACGCGGUGGAUAUAAUCCCGGUCACAUUGAUUGGAGUCUUUGGUGGCAUUCUUGGAAGCUUGUACAAUCACUUUCUUCAUAAAGUUCUCAGGCUUUACAAUCUAAUCAACCAGAAGGGUAAGAUUCACAAGGUGCUUCUAAGUCUUUCGGUAUCUCUAUUCACAUCGGUUUGCUUGUACGGUCUUCCUUUCUUAGCGGAAUGCAAGCCUUGUAAUCCUUCGAUAGGCGAGACAUGUCCAACAAAUGGAAGAUCAGGAAACUUCAAACAAUUCAACUGUCCAAAUGGUUAUUACAACGAUCUAGCGACUCUGUUUCUCACAACAAAUGAUGAUGCGGUUAGAAACGUUUUCUCUUCAAACACUCCUAAUGAGUUUAGUAUGGUAUCUCUAUGGAUAUUCUUUGGCCUCUACUGCAUUUUGGGGCUUAUCACAUUCGGUAUAGCGACACCGUCUGGUCUCUUCUUACCGAUCAUCCUCAUGGGUUCUGCUUACGGUCGGAUGCUAGGCCAAGCAAUGGGAUCUUACACAAAGAUUGAUCAAGGGCUUUACGCGGUUCUUGGUGCAGCUUCACUCAUGGCUGGUUCAAUGAGAAUGACUGUUUCACUUUGUGUUAUAUUCCUCGAACUCACCAACAACCUUCUUUUGUUACCCAUUACAAUGUUUGUGCUUCUGAUUGCUAAAACAGUUGGAGACAGCUUCAAUCUAAGUAUCUACGAAAUCAUUCUUCACUUAAAGGGCUUACCUUUCUUGGAAGCAAAUCCAGAGCCAUGGAUGAGGAAUCUCACUGUAGGUGAGCUUGGUGAUGCUAAGCCACCAGUUGUAACCCUCCAAGGGGUAGAAAAAGUCGCGAAUAUAGUCGAUGUACUAAGGAACACAACGCAUAACGCCUUCCCGGUAUUAGAUGGAGAAGAUUCAGUCACAGGUGCUGCUACAGAGCUUCAUGGAUUGAUCUUAAGAGCACAUCUUGUUAAAGUUUUGAAAAAGAGAUGGUUCUUGAAUGAGAAAAGAAGAACAGAAGAAUGGGAAGUUAGAGAAAAGUUUACACCGGUCGAAUUAGCAGAGAGAGAAGACAAUUUCGAUGAGGUUGCAAUCACAAGCUCAGAGAUGCAAUUGUAUGUUGAUCUUCAUCCUUUGACCAACACUACACCUUACACAGUGGUGCAGAGUAUGUCAGUGGCCAAGGCUUUGGUGCUUUUCCGAUCGGUCGGUCUUAGACAUUUGUUGGUUGUUCCAAAGAUUCAAGCUUCAGGAAUGAGUCCUGUGAUAGGGAUCUUAACAAGGCAAGAUCUAAGAGCUUAUAACAUUCUACAAGCAUUUCCUCAUUUGGAUAAACACAAAAGUGAAAAACUUCGAUGA